AUGUGCGAUUUCCUCUUCUGCAUCACAAAAAGAAUCGGGCCGGGGCUGCGGGAGGCCCACAGCUCGGGCCGCGUGGAAGCAAGCGACACAACUUGGGGUCGGUGCAACCCGGGAAGGGGGGGGGGGGGGCACCGGCUCUCGGGGAUCGGGAAGGAGAACGGGGGCGGGGGGGGGGGGUGUUGGCGACCGGGCAGCGCGGCGAGAGCGGGCGCCCCCCAGCCGUGCCCGCGUCCCGGUGCUGCAUGGCGCUGCUCAGCCUGCCUUGCAGAGGGAGCUCGAGUCCCGCUCUGCGCCUCGCAGCGCCUCUCACUCCGCAGCACACACCAGCGCAGCGAGGCGGCGGCCGGCAGGAGCGGGACACGCAGCCACCGUCGUCGCCACCGCCCUGCGGUCAGGAAACGGCCGGACACCGAGGGAAACCACGGGAAACGGGUGGAGGGCGACGGGCCGUGCCCCGCAGAGUUCCAGGAGCAGAGUCAUUUUGUCCUGCCCUGCCCUGACAGAAGGCUGCUUUCUUCCUCCGAUCUCUCUACAGCCAAGGUGGAGCUUAUCCUGGAAGGUGGCAUUGUGCUGCAGGGAGGACACCCACGUCGUUGUAGGUGCCCGUUGGGACCCAGAUCUCUCGGUGCCUACAGCUGUGGUGUGAUGCAGUGCUUUGGGAGGAACACCGCGCUUCCCUUCUGGGGCUUGUCCAGCCCCCGAAGCAGGCUGAGGAAGGCAAAGCGAGCAGUGAUGCAGCAAAAUAUCCCCUGGUUACCCCAAUCCCUUCCCGCAAUCCCAUCUGCAGAUAAAACUGCAUCCAAAAGUGGUUUCGCUAAGGUGAUGUCCUAUCUGGGACACCCCAUGCACCACGACGUGCCGUGCAGCGUUAGCACGGAGCUGCAGGCUGGCCGUGCCCUGCCUGUCCGGCCACACGUGGCAUUCUGCCUGAAUCAGCCCAAAAAGCUCUGCUCCAGUGAGAAAACAGGACAUGGAGGCUGUAACCUGCUGGGAUUUGCUUAGAAACCCCGGGGAAGCACCGAUGGACGGAUCCUGCCCAGCCUGGGGGCCAUAAAUCCCCAGCUCCGCUGGUGCUGGCAGUGCCUCUGGAAUUGCUGCUGCACCAGCGCUGGUGCCGUGGGGGUCCCUGCCUCUGCUGCCUUUUGGGGUGUCUGCUGCUCUCACCUGCUCCCCCUCCCAGGAUCGUAAGGGCCACUAAGAUGAUUAAGGGAUUGGAGCAGAUGCUAUAUAAGAAGAGGCUGAGAGAGCUGGGACUGUUUAGCUUGGAAAAAUGAAGGCUGGGGUUUUUUUCUUAUCUGUGUCUAUUAAUACCUGGUGGGGGGUAAAGAAGACAGAGAUAGAUGGUCCUCGGAGGUGCCCAGUGAAAAACCGAGCACCAAACAGCAACUGAAAUACCAGGAUUUGAGUUAAACUUCAUAAAAAAUUAUUUUUUAUUUUUCUGUGAGGAUAGUCAAGCACUGGCACAGGUUGGCUGGAGAAGUUUUGACACCUCCAUCCUUGGAGACACUCAAAACCCAACCAGACGUGAUCCCGAGUUCUAACUGACACUGCUUUUGAGCAGCAGGGAAUAGAUGAGCGUUUCCAAAAUUCCCACCUCAACUAUUCUGUGAGUCUUUGAUCCAUUACGGCUCCGUGAUUAGACCGAAAAGUGCCAAAUCUUUACGGGAACGGGUUUGAAAAAACAAUUCAGCUGAGUGAGCUCCGUCACCCCUACACAGGGAAAAACAGUAGA